UAAUGAAUGUAAGACAUUUCCCAAAGAGUAGCCUUGGAGUAGACACGCCGGCCGGUGCGAUCUUCAGUGUUCAUUCGUAAAAUUACAGUGAUAAAUAUAGUUCUAAAUUGUCGGGAAUACGGUUUUCAUUUUAAUACAUUAAAGGAUUAAAAUAAAGAUGGGUGAUCAAGGAUUUUUGAAGCCAAAAGUUGGAUUUGCAACUACUGCUAUUCAUGCUGGACAAGAUAGUGAAAAAUGGAAGUCAGGUGCAGUAGUUCCUCCGAUUGUAACGUCUACCACGUUUAAGCAACCCGCGCCAGCAGAACACACUGGAUUUGAAUACGGAAGAUCUGGAAAUCCCACCAGAAACACUUUAGAAGAAUGUUUAGCGGCCCUUGAUGGAGGAAAGUAUGGAUUGGCUUUUGCCUCUGGUCUGGGAGCCACCACAACCAUAAUUUCAUUGCUGAGCAGUGGAGACCAUGUUAUAUCUAGUGACGACAUAUAUGGCGGAACAAACAGACUUUUUAGGCAAGUUGCGGGGCGAAUGGGUAUAGAAACCACGUUUGUAGAUUUCACAGACUUAAAAAAAGUAGAGGAAGAAAUCAAAGAAACCACAAAGAUGAUUUGGGUUGAAUCACCCACCAACCCACUACUAAAAGUGGUUGACAUUGCAGCCCUAGCCAAGAUAGCAAAAAGUCGUAAAGAUAUAAUUGUUGUUGUAGACAACACAUUUUUGACUUCAUAUCUGCAGAGACCUCUUGAUUUUGGAGCAGAUAUUGUUAUGUAUUCACUAACAAAAUAUAUGAAUGGACAUUCUGAUGUUAUCAUGGGUGCUGCGAUUGUCAAUGAUGACAAAAUUGAAGCAAGACUGCGGUUCUUGCAAAACGCUAUGGGUACAGUGCCAUCGCCGUUCGACUGCUACUUAGUGAACAGAAGUUUAAAAACUCUGGCUUUACGAAUGGAACGCCACAAGCAAUCAUCGCUUAUUAUUGCGAAUUGGCUUCUAAAGCAUCCGAAAGUGCUUGAAGUUUUACAUCCAGGCCUUCCUUCUCAUCCACAGUAUGAAAUAUCCAAGAGACAAACUGUAGGUCAUUCUGGAGUAUUCAGUUUCAAGCACGCCGGUGAUUUAAAAGAGUCGAGGAAGAUUCUAAGUGCAUUGAAAGUUUUUACUCUUGCUGAAAGUUUGGGUGGAUAUGAAAGUUUGGCAGAAUUACCUUCCGUGAUGACCCACGCUUCGGUUCCUGCUGAACAACGCGCUCAACUUGGAAUCACUGAUUCACUUAUUCGUCUUUCAGUUGGAUUAGAAGAUACUGAAGAUCUCAUUAAAGAUUUAGAUCAAGCAUUUAAAUCUGCAUUUUAAAAAUAGAUUCUUGAUGGUUGCAAGUCGUAGGACUGUGCCAACAUAGGUAGUAUAUUGAGUAUUUUAUCAUAUGAAUAUGCAUUAACCGUUCACAAAAGUGUUUUUAAGCGAACAUAAUUUAUUACAUUUAGUGUUACGUUUCCCAUAUAACCUAACAUUAAUAUCUCUUAUAAUAAAUAUACCACUUUUGUAAAAUAUAACUAAUCACAUUUUAUAUAAAGGGCAUAAUCUAUCCGAUUGUUCUUAGUUGAAUAUUCAAAAAAAGAAUGUGACUAUAAAUAAUUGAAUUACUUAUCAUAGAUCAAGUGAGGCUAAAAUAGUUCCAAAGGUUAACAAUGUGCAUUUGUAUGUUAAGUAUUCUACCUCACUUUUCUAUAAUAAAACAUCUAAAUCUAAACUUUAUAACAGUUGUACCAAGUACACUUAGCACGAUUUACCGAUUUUAGUUGUUCCUCAAAAUUGAUACAAAGUAUCGUAACUGUUUGUUUGUUAUCUUCAUGUUAUUUGUCCUCUAAAGUAUUAUGUGAAAAAUAUUAUUAGUAUAUUUUUAAUAAGCUAUUUUAAGAUUUAUUUUGUUAUUGCAUAAAAUUAAUCAAAUCAUGUCAUAAAAAAUAUAUUAAUUAUUUAUAA